AAAACAUAGUGUUGUCAGGUGUUGUCCAUAAUCGUGAUUCGCCGCAGUUUCAAUCUGUUGACUGAUUAGGAUUGUAGUGUGAAACGGACUCUUCUCUGUGCGAUAUUAGAACUAAAGUGAUUUAUGUGCUUUUGUGGUGCAAGUUAUCGAAACAACAUUGUGCUAUUUUUAUAAAAAAUUAAAUAUUAAAAAAAAAUUGUGUUCAGUGAACAAUUUUAUUGUUAUAACCUAUAUAAAUUACUUAAAGACUGCAAGAUAACUAGUUUUUGUGUCGAUUUGAAUGGUUUCAAAUUGACUUUGACGUCACUGUAAGCGACCAAUCGGUUGGCGUCAAAGACUAUGUAGUAAAUGCGUGUUAAUAAUAAAAAUAUAAACAAUUAUUAUUGAAACUAAUUAUUUGAAUGGGUACCACGUGAGUGCGUAUUAAAAAUAUGCUAUUAAAAUGUACUGCAGACGGGAGACGUAUCAAAGUGAACGGAGCGCCGGUCACCCAAGGGAAUGUGGCGAGAGGCAUGAAAAUGACCAUGUCCACGAGCGCGACUAUGAGCGCCCGCGUCCACAGGAAGGUAAUCCGGGCGCCGCAUAAGCGCGCGCACCCGGGCAAGUAUCUCCACGCGGGCAAGAUGGCGCACCCGGGCAAGAUGGCGCACCCGGGCAUGUCGGGCAAGAGCGCGCACCCGGGCAAGUUCGCGCACCUGGGCAAGUUCGGGAAGCUCGCGCAUUACGCACACACGCACACGAUCAGGCCGCCGGAGCCGUGCGAGAACAGCAACGACAGCGGGCUCGGCCCGGACCCCGUCAACAGACUGUCGGACGCGCCGGAGGAAUGGGAUCAGCCAGAUACAAAGCGUCGCCGUGAAAACGAGUCGGACGUUAAAAUAGAGUGCGAAGAUGCGAAUGACGUGUACGCGUUCGCUCCGCCCGCGGCGCCCGCGCCCGCGCCGCUCGACGCUGCGCCCUCCGCCCUGCCUGCGCCCGCGAUACGAGCGGGGUGCAGCAUAUCUAGUCCAAUAAUAACCGACUCCAACAAUAGGUUCCAAGAGCCGGCGUACCGGUCGUGCGGUAAAUUGGGCAGCACUGGCAAGUUAGCCAGCAAGUACGCGGCUGAGGGCAAGCUUGGGGGCAAGUUGGGAGGCAAGCUGGGGGGUAAAUACGGGGGCAAGCUGGCGCAGGCGCUCGCGCGGCGGAGAGCGCUGGCCUCCAUGACGCACACGGGCCCGCCCGGCCUCGCCGCGCCGCUCACCAGCAAGUCCAAGGACGGCACGGUCGAGCUGCAGAUACUCUGCCAGCCGGAGUCGCAGCACAGAGCGAGAUAUCAGACUGAAGGAAGCAGAGGAGCAGUAAAGGACAAUUCAGGGAAUGGAUUUCCGAUAGUGAAGCUAGUCGGUUAUGAUAAGCCAGCAGUUUUACAGGUGUUCAUAGGCACAGACACAGGGCGGGUAGCACCGCACAUGUUCUACCAAGCAUGUCGAGUGUCGGGCAAGAACUCGACCCCCUGCAAGGAGAGGAAGGAGGACGGCACUGUGGUCAUAGAGAUCGACCUGGAGCCGGCCAAGAACUGGCAGGUUACGUGCGACUGCGUGGGGAUCUUGAAGGAGCGGAACGUAGACGUGGAGCAUCGUUUCGGCGAAACCCUGGGCGCGAGUGGUGCUGCGGCACACGCGGCGCGCGGCAAGAAGAAGUCGACGCGGUGCCGCAUGGUGUUCCGCACAGAGAUCGUGGACGCGGCCGGCCGCGCGGAGACGCUGCAAGUGUGCUCCACGCAGAUCAUAUGCACCCAACCUCCCGGAGUACCAGAGGUCUGCCGCAAAUCCCUUGUCUCCUGUCCAGCGACUGGUGGCCUGGAGCUGUACCUCCUCGGCAAGAACUUCCUCAAGGAGACCCGGGUGGUGUUCCGUGGUCAUCAUGAGGGCAGACCCUGGGAGGAGGAGGUGGUGCCGGAUAAAGAGUUCUUACAGCAGACGCACCUAGUCUGCUGCGUGCCCGCGUUCGCGCGCACGGACAUAUCCGAAGCGAUCAACGUGCAGAUCUUCGUGCGCUCCGGCGGCAAAGCGUCCGAACCGCACGCGUUUCUUUACACGCCGCCAUCACUUGAUACCGGCCCGCUGCACUGCACCAGACACCACGCGCACCCGAUCGGUGAGGAGCGCGAGGCGCGGCCGGUGGCGUGGUGGGGCGCGGCGGGCGCGGCGGGGCUCGGCGCGCUCAUGCCGCCCCCCGCCCCGCCCGCGCGCCGCCCCUCCGUCAUCCUGCCCGACCCGCAUUCGCCGCUCGGCCUCAAAAGCGAGGUCGCGGACGAGUCGAGCCAGCACAGCGCGGACGGGGACGAGUGCGACGAGCUGCCGACGGACAACCUCGCCGGCAUGGACCUGCGCCUCAAGUCCGAGAAUACGUCGCAUCAGGUCGGCUUCGUCAGCGGCUUCGACUCCAUAAAGCUAUCCCCCUCCACAUCUUCGCAGAGUGAACCGCAAUCUCCUAAAGCAUUUUUCACGCAGACCCUCCAAGCGAUUCAGAAUCAGGUACAAACUGAUAAGAUGGUGGAAUCCGUCACCGCGGCUAUCUUUAACUCCGAUAAUGGCGGUCAGAUAUACGUAGACCCGCCCAUCAUGCCGAUGGCGCCUAUGGAUCCCAUGCAGCAACUAAUCUCUACUAAGACUCAAAUGGAUCCCUUGGAGACUGAUAUGAAGGUGCUCAAUUCGGAAAUGAUGAUGACUGACUCGGCGAUGCCGACCACCGUCUUACAAUCGACGACAGAGCAGAGGCUCAUGGUGUACAACCAAGUGCAGCAGAACGGAGAGGGUUCGUACAAUCCGUUUGGAGCGAUGACAAAAAUGGAAGCUUCGCAGAUCGAACAGAGAUUAGCUCAGCAGAGCGCACAGAUGACGGCACUAGUGGAAGAUGCGAUGAAAGCGACGGCCGCUAUCUUGCCGUCGGACGCUGCCAAACUUGACGAGCUCGUUAACUCGCGAGUGGAAGACCAUUUGUCUGGCUCCGCUACGUCUCCGUCCACAGCAUCUCAUGCAUCAGAUGUUCUACUGAGUCCAAACGCGGCAGUCGUCCAGCGCAACUCCACCAACGAACUCCUUCCCCCGAUGCCCCCCUCCACUAUCCCACCCGAUGUGAUCCUCAAUCCGCAAGUGUCACCCAGCAUGCUUUGCGAAAACAAUCAAAGGAUGCACAAUCCUCUAGUUGUACAGUCCGGGCCGACACAGGAGGAACUGAUGAUGAUGCCCGAUAUACCGACAUCGGUCAAAACACCCCCCGCGGCGGUAAAGUCGAUGAUAUUAAACGCGGCUGCGGAAAUACUGACCUCCGAUUCCGCAAUGAACGCGCUCGUCAAGUCCGCGAUCAGCACGGCAAACAUAUUCAGCAACGAGAACGUGGGUGGGUCGGGCGUGAUGCAGACGACGGACACGCAGCCGCCCGCGGAGCCGAGCGCGGAGACGCCGCUGGAGGCGAUGUCGCAGGCCGUGAGCCAGGCCGUGACGCAGGCCGUGAGCCAAGCCGUGAGCCAGGCGGUCAGCCAGGCCGUCAGCCAGGAGAUGACGGCGCCCGUGCAGGGCCUCACCGACAUGAGCGACCAGGACCUGCUCUCGUACAUCAACCCAUCGACCUUCGACCAAGUGUGAAGGCGGCUCCGUAGCUCGAGACUACGGCCUGUGUCGGCUCGCUUUCGCGUAACAUAGUGACGUGUGAGGGCUCAAAGCAGUUUUUAUGUGAAUUUUUAAUAAAUGUCACUCAUGUACGACUCCCUGACUAUAAUCUCUCAGUGCGUGUGAAACAAAAUGAUUCUCAUAUUUUUAAAAGUAUAUAUGAAUUGGUGCGUUUGCGUGUCAAUUAUUUCAAGUGAGUCAGUAUUACAGGGCUAAUCGAUUUAUGAGGAAUCGUGACAAACACGAAUGUCAAUUUCACAAUUGGUACUUACCGAGUGACCGAAUGAACAAAAUGGAGAUUCGUUCGUUCUUUAUCGGUGUCGCUGCAUCGUCGUUGCUAUUAGAAAAUUAUGUAUGUAUAAUUGUGUUGACUAUGAGAUGUGUAUUUUGGUAAGUUGAAAUAUUUCGAAUUUUAUGUAAAUAAUGGAUAGCUUUGUAUUUAUGUUAUUUGUUGAUGUGUUGAAUGCUGACGCGUGGUUUACAGUCUGUUGAUAAUCAUUCCGAUAUUUGUAAUAAAACAGCCAUUUUUACAGUACUAAAUUAUUGGUCGUAUUAAGUUUAAGCCAGCCUAUUGUAACUAAUAACACGGCCAGUAAAUAUUACGUAAUUUUGUAACAGACAUAUACAACAAGAUUUUAUACAAUUCAAUAUUUUCUAUGAUGUUUACCACGCACAAUUUGGUAUUAUGAACUCAAGGUAUUUUUGUAAAUCGGCUUUAAUAUACAAAAUUAACUGAACUCCGUUCAAAGAUGCACACAGAAUGUAGACGCGUAGACAUAAGUGAAGUAAUUGAGCAUGAGUUUAUUUUUAAGAAACAGUACUGAGAUCUUAUUAUCGCCCCUUACUUCGCGAUCGAUUAGAUUAGGACCUUAUUAUCGCAAUAAGAGGUGAUGCUAAGGCCUUUAAGUAUAUAGAGCAAACGGUAACAUAUAAUUAUAUAAUGAUGUUCAUUUUUAUAGCUAAAGUCGAAUGCUACAUAUUAAAUGUGCCAUUGUAUGUUAUAUAGACCUAGGAUAAGUACGUGUUAGUAUAUGCGCGAAUUAUUUGGUGUUAUUCGACGUAAUUGUUUUGGCCAACAUAACAACUGCUACAAUCAAAUUUCGAAUUUGACAUUAUUCGAUCAAACCUUCAUUCUCGUACACUCACAACUCUACAUCCUCAAUUUUAUCUUUUACUGUAUAAAUUUAGAUUUUUAUUUGAACUUGCUAACUAUAUUUAUUUUCUAUUUUCACAUCAAACAAAAUCAUAUAAUGAGUUGAUCGAAUAAUGUAGGUAUACAGUGUUUUAUCAGUGUUUCUAAUUGAAAUGUUAUGAACAUAAACAAUCGGGGCAAAGGGCUAUGAAGGUGACGUGCCUUUCAAAUAUAAUACGACAACUUUCAACUGUUCAACGUAUUUAAUUAUUAUAAUUAUAUUUGACCUUAACAUUCCGAAUUAACACAAUAUAUUGCCAAAUAAAAAUAUUAAGUACGUUAUACGAGUUGAAAUGGGUCGUCUUUAUUCUCUGCCACGGGGACCAUAUCAAACAAUAUAUAAUAAUAAUAUACAAACAAAAUAUACAAUUAUUGCCAAAGUUAUAUAGAAUAUAAACUUUUGGAUCUUAUAGCUUAUUAAAAUAUAGUUAUUUCUAUUUAUAGGAAAUACGGAUUGUUAAACUAUUAUUUUUUAUAUACGCACGUCAAAUGGUUCGACGCACGGGAGUAAAUGAUGUUAAUUAUGUUAUAUGAACAAUUUUUUACUGUUAAUAUUAAACGAUUAUAUAAAUCAAUUAUUGUUUGCUAUAGAUGUAAUUUAACAGAUAAAUGGAGUAUGAUUACGUCAAGUUAUCGAUUAAAACUGACAUCACAUAUUAUAUUGUAUUAAGAUAGCUCAGUCUUCCAUAUUUCGUUGAAAAGGCACAAAACAACGCAUUUAACAACGAAUUGAAUUACUUGUUGGUAGUUUUACUUAUUUAAGUUUACAGUGCAGUUAUUGUAAAAUGGGUGCUGCUUCUGUGUCACGAACUGAACUGAUGUUGACGAAAUUUAAAAUUAACAAAGAAACGUUUAGUUUCUGUUCAAAUGAAUACUUCAAAGAAUUAACGGUUAUAUCAUAUAAUGAUAAUAAAACAUAAAAGAAAAGGUUAGUUAGUAACACAAAGCAACGCCUGAUGUAAAUCUCAACAUGGGUAAGCCACGUUCUGCGUCGCUUCGAUCUCUAGUCGGUCUAAAUCAAUGCAACUUGCCGAAGUUACAAUCAUGUAUGUUAUUUGUUUGAUGUAAUUGAUUAAAUGUUAUGAAAAUUU